AUGCAGAAUGCUUUUUACCAACUUUUACUGCGAGCGAAUAUGCCGGGGAUUCUGGUUGAACGAUUUCAGUCGGGACGCUUCGCCAGCAAUGCUGCUACCGAAGAGGCUUACAAGAAGGCACUGGCGGCACUCAACGCUGGGACAAACCCAACGGCACCCUCGUCCGGAUCAUUCCCCUUUGCCCGAGGCCAGUGGUCUGGCUACGAUCAAGGCUUCGGCAAUGCCCCCCCGACUGGAAACAGUUACGCUUCCAACUCUCAGGGCGGCAAAGGCGAACCCUUGCACGUCGUGGUCCAAGAGUCCACUCGCUUGCUCGUCUUUCGCUGGUUCAAGUUCUUUGUCUCAUUUGUUCUCAUCACAUAUCUCUCUUUCGCUGCCGUGACCUUACUGGUUGACACCUUGAGCACUAUGAGAAAGGCGCCGGGCUCCAAGGCCGACUCUGAGGUCAAGGCCGAGAAGCAAACUACUCGGUUCAGCGACGUUCACGGAUGCGAUGAAGCCAAAGAAGAGCUUCGCGAGGUGGUCGAGUUCUUGCGCAACCCCGGAAAAUUCUCCGAUCUCGGUGCCAAGCUUCCCAAGGGCGUGCUUCUUGUUGGUCCUCCUGGAACUGGCAAGACGUUGCUCGCGAGGGCAGUCGCUGGCGAGGCCGGCGUGCCCUUCUUCUACAUGUCUGGCAGUGAAUUUGACGAGAUAUUUGUUGGAGUGGGAGCCAAACGAGUUCGGGAGCUCUUCCUCGCUGCAAAGUCCAAGUCCCCGGCCAUUAUCUUCAUUGAUGAGCUCGAUGCUAUUGGAGGCAAACGCAACCCUAGGGACCAAGCUUACUCUAAGCAGACGCUGAACCAACUUCUCACCGAGCUGGAUGGAUUUGACCAGGACACCAAGAUCAUCAUUAUGGGUGCAACCAACUUGCCCAAACUUCUUGACAAGGCCUUGACCAGGCCGGGACGCUUCGAUCGUCACAUCAAUGUCGAGUUGCCCGAUGUCCGUGGCCGACUUGCUAUCCUGAAGCACCACGCCGCCAAAAUCAAGUGCGCUCCGGACGUCGACCUGUUCGCCGUCGCGGCCCGCUGUCCUGGGCGAUCUGGCGCUGAUCUCGAGAACAUGCUCAACAUCGCGGCUCUGCGAGCGUCCCGGGCCCGGGCCAACAUGGUCUCCAAACAAGAUCUCGAGUGGGCCUUUGACAGAGUGACAAUGGGCUCCGAGAGGAAGUCGAUGGUUAUCAAUGAAAAAGAGAAGGAGAUGACGGCGUAUCACGAAGCUGGCCACGCUCUUGUCCAGCUGUUUGACAAGGACACCACCGGCCGGCUGUACAAGGUUACCAUCCUCCCCAAGGGCCCUUCUCUGGGCCACACCGCCUACCUGCCGCAGGUGGACAAGUACUCCCAUACAGCUGCCGAGUAUCUGUCCGACAUUCGAGUGUUGCUCGGCGGGAAGAUGGCCGAGGAAAUGCGUUAUGGCGACGACAAAAUCACUUCGGGCGUAUCCUCGGAUUUGCAGCGUGCCACAGACCUGAGCUUCAUGAUGGUUACGCUCUUCGGCAUGUCCAGCGCGUUGGGUCCGGUCGAAUAUGGACGGCGCUACGAGAAUCUCAGCUCUGAGACGAGGGCCAUGAUUGAGGCCGAAGUCCAGAAGUCAAUGAAGAAGUCGUACGAAGACGUGAGAAAACUACUAACCGAGAAGCGCAAGGAACUGGAUCUGCUGGCGGAGGCGCUCGUCCAGUACGAAACCCUAGACAGGGAGGAGGUUGAGAUGGUCAUUCGAGGAGAGAAGCUGCCGGGGCGGUCCAUUGUGCCCAAGGGGCCCCUGGUGCUGCCGAUUCCUGAGGAGACGCCGCAGCCUCCGGGGUUGGGCGGCGUGGCUCACCCAGACCCGCCCGAGGCGCCAGCGCCACCGGCUUCGGCCGAUUCGUCUGGCGCCGGCAGCUGA